GCCUGUCUUGGCAGCGCCCCGCGCGUCUUCAGAGUCAACGGGCUUUGUAAGGUUCCGGCUAGCACUCAGACAUUUGAGCUGGAUGGAAAAGAAAUGACCGUUGCAGAGUACUACAAGUCUCGGCAGUAUAAUUUAAAGUUUCCGAACCUUCUCUGCUUGCAUGUUGGGCCGCCGUUGAAGCACAUUUACUUGCCUAUCGAACUAUGUCGCAUUGAGGAUGGGCAGACACUGAAUCGCAAGGAUGGAGCUAAUCAGGUGGCGGCCAUGAUUAAGUAUGCUGCCACUUCCACCAACGAGAGGAAGGCCAAGAUCAUCCGCUUGAUGGAAUGUUUCAGGCACAAUUUAGACCCGACCAUCAGCCACUUUGGCAUACGUCUGGGCAGUGACUUCAUCGUCGUGAAUACACGCACGCUCAAUGCGCCUCAGAUUGAGUACAAAAACAAUUUGGCCUCGGUGAGGAACGGUUCGUGGCGCAUGGAUGGCAUGCAAUUCCUUGAACCCAAGCCAAAGUCACAUAAAUGGGCCAUACUCUACGGCAAGAUUAACUACCUGUAUGUGGACGAGCUUCAGAAGAUGGUUCUUCAGAAGAGUCGCAAAGUCAAUCUGUGCCUAGAUGCCAAGGCCGAGAAACUGUACUACAAGGAUGAACGUGAACUAGAUGCUCAUUUCCGCUAUUUCAAAAAGAAUCAAUUUAAUGUGGUGUUCGUUAUUAUACCAAAUUUCGGGCACCUUUAUGAUGUCGUGAAGCAAAAGGCUGAGCUGCAGCACGGCAUUCUUACACAAUGCAUCAAGCAGAUCACAGUCGAGCGCAAAUGUAACGCGCAGGUUAUUGGUAGCAUUCUACUAAAGGUCAAUUCCAAACUUAACGGCACCAAUCACAAGCUAAGGGAUGACCUGCACUGUCUGCUAAAGAACACCAUGUUUUUGGGUGCCGAUGUGACUCAUCCGUCGCCCGAUCAGCGAGAGAUCCCCAGUGUGGUGGGUGUUGCCGCCUCCCACGAUCCAUUCGGGGCUUCAUAUAACAUGCAAUAUCGCUUGCAACGCUCUGCCCUGGAGGAGAUCGAGGACAUGGAGUCGAUAACCCUUGAGCACUUGCGUGUCUAUCAUAAGUUCCAAAAAUCCUACCCCGAGCACAUAAUCUAUUAUCGUGAUGGCGUAAGCGAUGGCCAGUUUCCCAACAUCAAGAAUAAAGAGUUGAGGGGAAUUUCUGCCGCCUGCAGCAAGCUGCACAUUAAGCCCAAGAUUCGCUGCGUCAUUGUAGUUAAGCGGCAUCAUACGCGCUUCUUUCCGAACGGAGUUCCAUCGCAAUACAACAAGUUCAACAACGUUGUUCCGGGAACCGUCGUCGAUCGCACCAUUGUCCAUCCCAAUGAGAUGCAGUUCUUCAUGGUCAGCCAUCAGUCGAUUCAGGGGACGGCCAAGCCGACGCGUUACACCGUAAUCGAGAAUACGGGCAACUUGGAUAUUGAUGUACUGCAGAAAUUGACAUACAAUCUUUGUCACAUGUUUCCUCGUUGCAACCGCGCAGUGUCUUAUCCGGCUCCGGCAUAUUUGGCACAUUUGGCUGCGGCACGUGGACGUGUCUACCUUACUGGCUGCACCAAGUUUCGUUCUCCCCAGGAGGAGUACGCAAAGCGUUUGAUAAUGCCAGAGUUCAUGAAGACGAACCCUAUGUAUUUUGUUUAGGCAGAAAACUAACAAAAUAUCUUCACUUCUUCUAAACGAAAAAGAAGUUACAAAAUAUAAAUUAUUGACCCACACCUGUCUUGCCCCUAAUGUAAAAUUUAAUCAAAGAUCAAUCAAUCGAAAGAUUGC